AUGCACACUACCAGCCCCUCCCGCGAUACCACGGGACAGGACCCCAUCAAUGUCACAAAUGAGGCAGCAACAGCCCACACAAGCCCACACCAGCGCACACCACUCUACACCACUCCGCAGCAGUCCACAGCAGCCCCACCAGGAGCACUGCUGUCUGUUCCACAUGCUCCUCGCUCGCUGCGUGCGCCGGUGGCAGCGUGCCAGCAGCAUGCUGGCACAGGCAUCCGUGCAGCAUGCAGCGGGGCAGUGGACCAUGCAGCGACGCACUGGGGCAUGCAGCGGGGCAGUCAGAGUGAGAGGGUGGCGGACAGGGAGGGGUGGGAGAGCGACGCGGUGGCACCUCCAAACAACAUGCGCUGCCGCUUCCUGCGCCGCCUCUCCUGGCGCCGCGUGAGACACACAGGCGAGGGGGACACGGGCAAGGCGACUUCCCGGCCGCCACCCACAGGCACCGUGGAUGGCGCGCCCACAGGCACCGUGGAUGGCGCACCCACUGGCACCGUGGAUGGCGCGCCCACAGGCACCGUGGAUGGCGCGCCCACAGGCACCGUGGAUGGCGCACCCACUGGCACCGUGGAUGGCGCGCUGGGCCCCGCUGCUCCCUGCGUCUGGCCCGGCCCCACAUCGCCCCCUUCUGCCUCGCUGUGCUGCCCUCCUGCCUCGCGGUGCUGCCCUCCUCCUGGCUCACCCCCAUGUCUCGCAGCUUCCUCUCUUUGCCGGGCGCCACCACUGCACCGCCUCGCCACCCGCCAUCCCAUCCAGCUGCUGCCUCCCCAUUGCUGGCCCCACUGCCAUCCUCAUUCUCGUCCGCGCCCCCCUCAACCUCCCCCUCCUCCUCCCCCUCCACCUCCCCCUCCUCCUCCCCCUCCACCUCCCCCUCCUCCUCCCCCUCCACCUCGCCCUCAAUCUCGCCCUCCUCCAGCUUGCUCGCAUCAACAGCCCCACUCAUCCCAUUCAUGUGCUCCUCGCUCUGCCCUCCUUCCUCACAUGCCUCCCCCCCUUCCCCUCCCUCUCCCUGCGCAUCCCCCCCCUCCCGCACGCUCCCACCCUGUAGUUGCUCCUCCCUCGCCCCUUCCCUCCCGACCUUCCUCUCUCCUUCCCUCUCCCUCUCCCUCUCACUCUCCCUCUCCUUCUCCUUCUCCCUCUCCUUCUCCCUCUCCCUCUCCCUCUCCCUCUCCCUCUCCUUCUCCCUCUCCUUCUCCCUCUCCCUCUCCCUCUCCCUCUCCCUCCCCCUCUCCCUCUCCCUCCCCCUCUCCCUCUCCCUCCCCCUCUCCCUCUCCCUCUCCCUCUCCCGCUCUCCCUCCCGCGCCACGUCCGCCAUCUCCUGCACGCCCCUCCCCUCAACACGUCUGCCCGACCGUGCUGCCAUCCACUCGCCACCUGCGCCCUGCACUGCCUCACCUGCGCCCUGCACUGCCUCACCUGCGCCCUGCACUGCCUCACCUGCGCCCUGCACUGCCUCACCUGCGCCCUGCGCUGCCUCACCUGCGCCCUGCACUGCCUCACCUGCGCCCUGCACUGCCUCACCUGCGCCCUGCACUGCCUCACCUGCGCCCUGCACUGCCUCACCUGCGCCCUGCACUGCCUCACCUGCGCCCUGCACUGCCUCACCUGCGCCCUGCACUGCCUCACCUGCGCCCUGCACUGCCUCACCUGCGCCCUGCGCUGCCUCGCCUGCGCCCUGCACUGCCUCACCUGCGCCCUGCACUGCCUCACCUGCGCCCUGCACUGCCUCACCUGCGCCCUGCACUGCCUCACCUGCGCCCUGCACUGCCUCACCUGUGCCCUGCACUGCCUCACCUGCGCCCUGCACUGCCUCACCUGCGCCCUGCACUGCCUCACCUGCGCCCUGCACUGCCUCACCUGCGCCCUGCACUGCCUCACCUGCGCCCUGCACUGCCUCACCUGCGCCCUGCACUGCCUCACCUGCGCCCUGCACUGCCUCACCUGCGCCCUGCACUGCCUCACCUGCGCCCUGCACUGCCUCACCUGCGCCCUGCACUGCCUCACCUGCGCCCUGCACUACCUCACCUGACGCGCCGCCACCAACCUUGCCGUGCCCGCUCCCCCCACUGCCACUUGCACCUCUGCCAUCUCUUCCCUCCCCGCCGCCCGCAUCCUUCAUUGUGA